UCACACAGGAACAGAUUUCAGAAGGAAGCGGUGAAACCAAGAUGGCGUUCCGCGAUAAAGCAGGAAAUAUACUCGGUUUUUAAUAAAUCUUCUCAUUUUAGAGCGCAUAUCGGUGCUUGCGUGUACCAGGAUAGGCGAGAGACAUAUUUGGAGACUGAAGACACCGUAGAAACCGUUAUAGUUGUACUCUAAAUGGCUGCGAGGAAGUCUGGAUCGGAUAACCACAACAACGGUCCCGUCAGUUACCUUGAUGAUGUGCCCUUCAAACUUAACGAGAAAUUCCGGCCUCCCUCAAAAGUGGGUUUUCCCAUUGACUUCUGUGUACCUGACUGUAUAUCCAAACUUUCAGCACUGCAAUAUGACUUCAGUCUAGAGAGGCGGAGCAUUGAGUGGGGGGAGGAGCUCGACAAAGCACGAGCUGCUGAGGCUCGAGCAGCGGAGGCGGCGCGGGCGGAGUCUGAAAGCGAGAGGCAGGUCACUCCUAGCGAUACAGAUGUCGGAUUGGUUGGAGGAAAGAAAGCACGCUCCUCUGAGGAGCAGGACCUUAUUCAACCAGCAUUAAACCCAGUUUUGGCUGGCCUAUGGCACAACGCAAUCCUUACGCCUCUCCCAGCACCUUCUUUCGGAUCAACGCGGCCAGCCCCUAGCAACCCGGCCCCGCAAAGUCUAAAUUUGGCCGACUUUGAGCGAGAAGAGGAUCCGUUUGACAAACUCGAGCUUAAAACACUGGAUGACAAAGAGGAAUUGCGUAGUAUCCUCCAGAGCCAACCGCAAUCGUCAGUAUCACCACCUCAGCUUCCUCAAACGGAACCUCGCCCCGCGUCUCCAAGUAGUACGCCUCCUCUUCAGGCAAAAGCAGGAAUCUUCCAUAAACCUAACGGACUUGUCGGACUUCUGGACCGGGCUGGGGUUCUGGGAACCUCAGUGGAACAGAUUGAUACGGACCGGCCAUGUAACAUUCGCUCACUGACUUUCCCAAAGCUUUCAGACCCGGGGGACUCCUCAUCAGAACCACCUCUUAGCGUUUACCCAGCAACUCCACCCCGUAACCUGUCCAACGGCACACCUUCCCUGCAGAGGACAGUACCCCAUACCAAAACAACGGUCACACAAGACCAGUCUGGAUAUGCUCAAAAUGGGACACAGAAACGGUCAAAUUCUAUCACAGCACCCAACCAUCCGGAAACUGCACCUGCUACUGCGAUCCUUCUCGGCCUCUCUCCCAGCGAACGGCAGUGUAUGGAAACAAUUGUGGGCAUGGGUUAUUCGUACGAGGGUGUUCUAAAGGCCAUGCAAAAACAGGGACAGAAUGUUGAACAGGUACUGGAAUACCUGUUCACUCACAGUCGACUGUGUGACCGAGGCUUUGAUGCCACUGCUGUGGAGGAAUGCCUGGAGAUGUACCAGGGCUCAGAGGAAAAGGCUCUAGAGUUUCUUCAGCUGAUGUCUCGGUUCGGGGAAAUGGGCUUUGAGAGGGACACUAUUAAAGAUGUACUGCUCAUACACAGUAACGACCAGGACAAAGCGCUGGAGGAUCUGAUGGCCCGCGCAGCAGCAAGCUGAGCCCGAAGACUCUCCACUCCAAGAGCCACCCCCCCGUCUUUCAAAGAGAGAGCGAGAGGAAGAAAAGGGGGCAAGCGAGGAGUCCCGGAUGUGAAAGGAUGUGAUUCUCUUAUCUCUAAGAAAGGACAACUGAUUUCGUACCCUAAUAAAGAUAUACCUCGUGGGGUGGGGAUUAACAACACCA